AUGGAGAUCACCAAAGACAUGAUGUCAGUGUCAGCACCCGCCUCCUCACUGUCACGGCCGGAUGGAGGUAGAACUCAGUGUUCCGUCGGCGCAGACAGAUCUACAGGUAAACAUUGUGGAGCAUUCAGCUGUGAUGGCUGCACGGGCUUCUUCAGGAGGAGCGUUCACAAGAACCACACUUACAACUGGGUUCAUUCCCACCUUGCAGCAUGCACCGAGAACUCACAUAAUGCAUUGCUGCUCUCAGUUCCUUUGGUCUCACCUAGGAGUCAUGACAUCAACACCAAGAAGGCUGCGUUGGGGGACGUGUUGGAGUCCAUGAAGCAGCAACUCCUCCUGCUGGUGGAAUGCACACAACACAUCCUUUUCACAAGUGCAUCCACUGCCUUUUCUUUACAGUGCAUGCUCUGUUCCUUAGUGUGUCCUCUUAUUUUUGUCUUGCAGACUGACUGUCUGGGUUUGGAGAGUCCGAAGAUGGUUUGACAUCUGUGUCUACAGGUCCGUCUGCUGCCAGGAGAAGCAACCCGGGGGAGGUUUGAGCUCGUGCUGAUCCGGCCUCCCCUGCAGAGUGUGGCCUGGCAGAUGUUGGAGACUCUCCACUCACCACAGCUGCUGUGUGAAGCCAGAAUGCACAACCUGGUGUGGGGAAAGCUGAUGGGAGAGGGCGGAGGACAGACAUUGACAUUUAAGUUCAGUUAGUUAAUAACCUCUCACUCACAUUAUGGUCAGCUUCUCCUCCUCGUUCAGGAGGUCCUGAACUCAACAACAGCUAAAUGAGCAAAGAGCUUCACCUACAAGUGUCGUCUUCCCCCCCCCCCCCCGAUAUUUCAACAUGUGAGCACUCACAAAACCUACAUCACAACGGUUUUGAGCAUGCAUUAGAAUAGUCCAACUCGGUCCUACCAUCAAAAUGACAAAUCUGUUCAGUUCAGUAUCUGGAGGGUUUCACCUGUUUCCAUGAAAUGUAAAUGUAUCCACAGACACUGACCUCUCAUGUGCUAAAUGCCAUUGCUGAUGUCUGUGUAGCGCACAGCUCUUUCAAGUGGCUUGCCUGCUGCCACCACAGACUGGCACGAGAGUGUACAGACAUGCUGAUGCUGCCAGAGUGCCCACAGCAUACCAGAGGCACCUGUCCACACCAAGAAAUAUCUCAAGAGGAACAACUUAACCAAGAAGUGAAGGAGUGUUAUGAGCUUGAGACAGAACAUAGACACAGACACAGACAGCCACACGUUACAUGAACAAAAGUGUUUUGUUAACUCGGACCCACAAGAGUGAUGCUAUAAUCAUUUUUCAUUUAAUAAGGCAUUUUUGUAUCUAAUAUAGUUCCUUCGUCUGUAAUUGGACAUCAACAUUUUUUUCUUGAAUUUUCUAUAGAAACAGGCUGGUGGACAGUGGCAGCUGGUGAAUUUUUUUGGGGGGGUGCGCAGUUGGGCGACGCGGUUUAAAUAGCACUCAACAAUGAGAAGAAGAGGUUUUGAGUAGAAUAUUGUAAAAACAAAGCUUUAUUUCAAGAACACAGUGUGCUCAACACUGUCCAACAACAACUAUCAACACACUGUAACUUUGGGCAUGAGAGGUUCAGAGCAGCUUUAAGAAACAUUGGGUUGGGUUUCAGAGGUUUGCAAAAUAAAAGAGUUUCACCCUCACAUGAAAGAGGUUCAGAGCAGAAUAGAGUCAGAAAGAGAUGCAGCACAUGUUACAUUGGGUGUUUGACAGAGUAGACCCACUACUGUAAAGACAAGUAGCCUCCUCUCUUUAAAGUUGGCAAACUUCUCAAUAACUCUCUGGUUAAAGUCAAUCAUGUCUGUAAACAGCCUGUUUCCAUUAUUCUUGAGGGAAUGUGUCUGUUUUUCAGAACUUCUUCGUUGUGUUUCGAUGCCAGUUCGGUCUCCUUCUGCUGCUCUGCUCUGCAAACAGGGUUAGCUUCAUGCUGUUAGCUCGUUAGCUUCAUGCUCUUAGCUAGAUAACUGCGGCAAGAUUCGUACUUUCCACUUGUCUGAAGCUCUUUAGAUCCCUCACCCCGUUGUAGUCCAGAGAGUUUCAGUCCCAGGACUUUGGAACAACAGACAGGGGAAAUUAAACAGCACAUUACUCACUGAGCCUCCAGCUAACAGCUCCGGUUAGCAACCUGCCCGUGUAGCUCCGUGGAGCUCUCUGGGCUGAGGGAACGAUACGUCUCUGAUUGUCCGAAUAGUCCAGUCACGUGACAUAAGAAACAAUGUCAUUGGCCAGAGCGCACAUUUUUGUGCCCCAAGAUUCACGUUUCAUCCGCCAAUGAGAAGCCGUCCUUGCCGAAACAACCGUGAAAUGUUUGCUCGCUUCCGCGCACACACGUUGGGCCGGAGCCCCGAAAAUGGGAAGGGGCUUCUCUCAGUGAUGAUGAGUGGCGAUAUAUUAUUAAUGUCACAUUUAACUUAAGUGGUUGUCGACAGGGGCUUACGGUCUCCCACACACAUUUAGCACGUCAACACGGUAUAUUUACUAUUUAAAUGAUUUGGUAUAUAAUGUUUUUUGACAGGA